GUCCGAGUAGAGUCGUGACGUCACCAACGGUCUGACAGCAGACGUUGCAGCCAUGGAGGAAGUAAGAGUGUUUCCCUUGACCUGUGCCGUGCAACAUUAUGCCUGGGGUAAGGUCGGGCAGGACAGCGAGGUGGCCAAGCUCGUGGUUGGUGGAGACCCAGUAGCUGUUGUAGAGGAUGGCAAACACUAUGCAGAGCUGUGGAUGGGUGCCCACCCAAAAGGUGAUGCCCAGAUUAAAGACAACAGGAUCGCACAGACCACGCUGGGCGAGUGGAUCGCCCACUUCCCUGCCUGCCUGGGCUCCAAGGUCAAAGACACCUUCCAGGGUCAGCUACCCUUCCUCUUCAAAGUCCUCUCUGUCAACACAGCCUUGUCCAUACAGGCCCAUCCCAACAGAGAGUUAGCUGCUCGUCUCCACGCUCAGUUUCCAGAGCAUUAUCCAGACAACAACCACAAACCGGAGAUGGCCAUCGCUCUCACCCGCUUUCAGGGCCUCUGUGGCUUCAGACCAGCGGAGGAGAUCCUGGGAUUCCUCAAAUCUGUCCCAGAGUUCCAUGCUCUGGUGGGCAACGAGGCUGCGCAGGAGCUGCGAUGCAGCAUGGGAAAUGUGGUUCACACGAGCCAGGUGCUGAAGAAGUGCUUCACCAGGAUGAUGAACUGUGAGAAGAAGGUGUUCGUGGAUCAGCUCAACAUGCUGGUCAAGAGAGUCACUGAAGAAGGUGCAGCGGGGAAGGACACAUCCAGCAGCAUCGGUGACCUGUUGCUCCGUCUCCACUCCCAGUAUCCCGGAGACAUCGGCUGCUUCUCCAUCUACUUCCUCAACCUCAUGGACCUGGAUCCAGGCCAGGCCAUGUUCUUGGGAGCCAACGAGCCUCACGCUUACCUUUACGGAGACUGUAUCGAGUGUAUGGCCUGCUCGGACAACACGGUGAGGGCCGGUCUCACGCCGAAAUACAUCGACGUUAACACGCUGUGUGAGAUGCUGAACUACAGCCCCGCCCCCGCCAGCUCCAAGAUCUUCCCAUGUGUCCAGGACGCUUCGGAUCCCUGCGUGUCCCUCUACGACCCCCCAGUGCCAGACUUCACUGUCAUGAGGAUACAGGUCCCGGCCUCGGUGAAGCAGUACACUGUCGCUCCAGUCGACAGCGCCAGCAUCCUCCUGGUCAUUGAAGGCGACGCCAUGGCGACCUCUGCCGCUGCCCUCUCUGACAUCACGCUGAGACGGGGCACCGUCCUGUUUGUCUCGGCCAAUGAGAGCGUGUCCCUGCACAUCACCUCCCAGUCAGGGAUGACCAUGUUCCGAGCCUGCUGCCUCCUGUAGUCGUGAGUGUGUGGCUGUGUGUGAAAGCUCCUACUACCUGUUGUUUUCCCCUCUGGUUUACGCUGCGUUAAGGAUUGAGCCCAAUGAUCGCCGUGCACUUUUCAGUAGGUAGUAUGUUCAAGGAGCUUUCAGACACAGAUGUGUGUCGAUGUCUGUCUGUGGGCCGCUGCUCCCCCCCAAACCUGAACCCGACCUGCAGACUUCUCCAGCAGCGUUCUUUAGCUUUAACAGCCAGCAGCCAGUCACUGCUGAUUUUAAUUGGUUUAAACUGUCUUUUUUUUACCUGUAGUGGUGCAAUUUACAUCUUAUUAGAAAAAAUCCCAAAUUCUUCAUAGCUGCUGGACAGAGGACACAUACUAAGAAUAAAAAAUAAAUAUGUCCACAACACUAAACGAGUUCAGAUCACUUGAUCCCUGUGAGGUUCCUGAUGAGGAGUCUGAUUCUUUAAGACGAAGAUCAAAUGAUUCAAAUGUUGCAUGAGACUUGGAAACAACUUCAUAAAGCUCCAUUGAGUCGCUGUAGCUCUGGAAGAACUUAUAAAUAAACCUCUUGGUGAGAUCGUUUUCUCAAAACAACAGCUGAGCAAAGUCCAUUCACUGAUGAUGUGACGCAGUUUUAAGUCUGGCGACCAAAUCAACAUCGAAAUAUUGUCAAUGCACAAUUUCUAAAGUUUUUUUAAAAUGGGUUGUUCUUCAGUGUUUCUGACAUUGUUCCUUUUUAUUCUUAAAACAACUUACAGCUGCAUGUUUUUAUCUUAUUGUUAUACAUUCAAACAGCAAUGAAGCAGGGUGGGGGAUCUUUCCCCAGGGUCGCUGGUGCAACUAACUUGUUUUAAUACAUUGUUAAUAUAUAGAAACAGUUGAGAGUAUAAAGUGUAAUACUGAGAUGCAUGUGUGAUUUUGAGCAGUAAUACUUUUGGCUAUUCUAGAUUGAAUUGUUAAAUAUAAUCGACAGUUUUUCAUUGACUAAAACUUUAUUAAUACAGCUGACAAAGCUAACAUUAAUCUCGGAUGUCAAAGUGAAGUUGACCCUGGAAAGUAUUACUGCUUUUAACUGUUACCAGCGCAUGUCGACGGUCUGGAAACUUCUCCUUAAAGUACUGAACAAUCAUGAAGAUAAAAAACAAACUAACCAUCGCCGUCCCAUUAAGCACGAAACAUGGGAAUCAUGCAUUUUGAUUGAAACUAAGUUACAUACGACUGAAGAUGCACUACUGCUGCUUGAUGCGUGCUCAUACAGUUUGACACAAGUUGACUCGUAUACGUCUUGUACAGUUGUACAACAAAUGCUGCAUUUCAUUUUAUAGUGUUCUAGGAACAAACAUGUCUGUAUUUCUGAGUAUUUGAAGCCGAUUUUUUUUACAGACUUUGCAUGUUUUGUUGUUUGUACUGAUUUAUCAAUACUUGAUAUUACACAAGAGAAAUCCCCCCUGGAGCCACUGUAUUAUACGGUUUACUGUACAUCAUCAUAUCACGUGGCGAGUGGGUUUUAUCGUCACAGUAAAAUCUUUUAUGGUGACCACUUUCCAACAUGUUGGGACGAUAUUGUUACUGCAUUAUUUCAGUACGGUGCAAACUUCUGCAUCAGUUUCCAGUUUGUACCAGAGUCCAUCUGAAUUCAGUCAAUCAAUGAAGUGGAUUUUCUUGCUGUAAUCAUUUUUAUAAGUUAUCUUGAAUGAAGUAUUUGAGAAUGAAUGAACUGCCUGCCGACCGACCAGCGAGUAAAUCUUUCUCUUAUGAAUGACGACAGUGAAUUGAGCCAACGCUGGUGAAGCUUUUACUGCUUUAUGUCCAUGUAAACGAUGUAGGUCCAUCUCUAGGCUCGUCCCGAAUAUAGAUGCACUUUGUUUGUUGUUGCUAAAAUUGUUGAAAAAUGGAAGAAUAUUAAGGGAUAAAAAGACGUUUCUGCUUAAAAUCACGGCGUCUUUUUGAUUAACGAACCAUGACCUCAACAUUUUUGUAAACAAACCAUCAUUUUUGCGAUCUUUUACAAUAUUUAAAACGUAGUAAUCGUGUAGAGGUCGCUGUCCCAAACAUCUGAUUUUAAAUUUUCACUUUUAAAUUGAACCAUCACACAUCUUUCACUUUUUGGUUUUUAUGGGUCCAGGACUUCACACAGCAUUUUUUUUUUGUGUCACUUUUAACAUUUGUCCUUCAAAUGCACACAAAUGUGAAGACCUGCAAUAUUUUACCUUUUAAAGUUUUAUUUAACUAUAGUGAGAAUGUUUUGUGGAAUAUUUCUCUAGCAUGGUUUAGCAUUUUUAAAUAUGGUGAUGCUGUAGCCCGGGACUGCGGAUAACAUGUGUACGUAGAAGUGGUUUAAUAAAGCCUUGUUCCAUCACUCCAA